AUGGAAGAACUGCGAAGAACUAUGUUGGAUGUAUCUGAAAUGGUAUCCCUGAAGAUGGAAGAAUUCCACCAGCGUCUUCAAAACGUUAGCAACGCAUCAGCUACAGCAGGCAGCGAAUCAACCACAGCAGGAAGCUGUGCAAUGGAGACAUGCCCACUAGCUAGAGAGUUUGAGGUAUUUCGUAGCUCAGUAUUGUUCUGCCUCGAAAAUCUUCAGGCUCAGAUGCAGAUUCUCUUUAAAAUGCAUGACGAGCAGGAGAUGCGGAGUCGACGCAAAUUUUUGUUACUACAUGGUGUGAACGAGACGAAGGACGAAAGUUCUGCCUCAGUAACCAAAAUGAUGUCCGUCCUACUUAAGUUGCCUGACGUAAACGAGGAUUGUUUAAGCCGUUGCAGUAGAAUGGGUGUCAAAAGAGGCAAUAAACCUCGUCCAUUACUCGUAAAGUUCCACGAUGUGGAGAUCAAGGAUAAAAUUUGGAUGGCUAAAACUAACUUGAAAGGUACUGGCAUCACAUUAUCGGAAUUCUUAACCAAGACACGCCACAAACUCUUCAUGGCUGCUAGGAGUAGGUUCGGUGUUUCCAACUGCUGGACUCGCGGAGGGUCUAUUUACGCUUAUGGAGAGAACAGAGAGCGUCGCCGCAUCACUUCCAUGAAAGAUAUUGAUGUUAUUCCCGAAAGCGUCCCUCCUGUGGUUCUGGACUCUGUACCUUCCUCCGGUCGCAACGCGAGAAACCCUACAAAAAAGGCCCAAGCCAAGUCGCAAAUGACAUGA